ACGGGACAGACUCCACACUGCUCACGUUAUCCGCCAUUCGCCAAGUCGAUGCUGAUUCUACUCCAUUAUCCUCUACGCUACAGAUCCCCAGUCUAAAUCCCCCUUCUCCGACCACCCUUCCAAUAAUGAAUAUAUAAACCAGCCACUCCUUCCAUCCCAAUGUUCCUUACCACGCAGCAAGAUCCUAGUCCCUCGCAGCUACAGCUACUUCUCUAAGAGAACGCUUUCUUGCGACCAACAAUGCACGUCCCGACCGUCUUCCUCUCGGCCUCAGCUGCCCUUGUCUCGCUCGCGGCUGCCGGCCAGGUCAAUUUUUAUAGCGACACCAAUUGUCAGAGUUAUAUUGGGUCGAGUUACCCGGGUGGCAAUGGUGUGAUUACUGGCGGUCCCGCAGGUUCCUUCUCCGCCCUCUGGGUCACGGCCGACCAAACCACAUGCUCGCACACGUGCGGCCCGCUCAACAUCUGCGGCGACUCGCAGUGCAAUCGCCGCCGGGAAACGGGCAUCGGCCGGUGUGUGAGUUUCAACACGGGCGUCUGGGCCCGGAAUGGAUGCAAUUUUAAUUUCUGCUCGAAUGCGAAGAGGGGGGAGAAGGGGUUGAGGGAGUCGAAGAGGGAGGUUAAGGAGGAUGGGUUUCCGGAGUGGAAGAGGGAGGAGGAUGGGGAGCGGUUCCCUCCUUGGAUGGUGUGGAGGAAAGAGGGGGCUGGUGAUAAGGAGCAGGAUAAGGAGGACGGGUCGCCGGACUGGAAGAGGGAGGAUAGGGAGGACGGGGCGCCGGACUGGAAGAGGGAGGAUAAGGAGGAUGGGGCGCCGGACUGGAAGAGGGAGGAGGAUGGGCAGCGGUGUCAAUUUCGCUGCAUGCACUAAGGUUAUAACGCUUACUAUUCCCUCCUUGGAUGUGGAGGAAAGAGGGGGCUGGUGAUAAGGAGCAGGGCUCUCCUGCAUAGAAGCGAGGGGAGGAUGAGGAGCAAAGGGUCCCGGGAUGGUACAGCGAUUGGACUCUGUUCAAAGAGUCGAUGCAAACUCAGAUACGGUAUAGGACUAGAAUGAGCAAGAGUUGGAACACUACUUGUAGAGAACUCAAGCCGGAUCGAUCCAACAGUAUAAAAUAGCUGCAAUCCACUCCACUCCGCUCCACUCU